CAAAACUAAAAUUUUUUUUUUAUUUUAAACUUCUACUUUCAUUUUAAACUAUUAUCGGCGAGAUGUCUCAACAACAACGAGACUCUGGAAUUGGAAAGGGGAAGGGGAAGGGCAAGGGCAAGGGAAAGGAGAAGGCCCCUAUUAAUCCUCUCGAUCAGGGCCUGGACGAGAUCGUGGCUGCCAACAAAGCCAACGCGUCCGCUCCACCCAAGCCUGCCGGGAACCCCCAACCCGCCGUAGCCCCUCUGGCCCGACAACGCGGUCGUAUCGCCCUAAGAGAUGCAGCCAACCGACCUCCGCUAGAAUCCGCUAGCGUUUCGGAGGUCCAGAGGACCUACAAGAACGGCCUGGUUACAGGUGUUUCCCUCCGUGGUGCCCCGGAAGCCACCAACUGGGAAGCCGUGGGUGCGGGAACUACCAUAGUCCGCGCCGAUAAUCCAGAGACCUUGGAGCGAGAGACGCGCAAUUACAACGAACGCAACCGCCGCUUCAAUCAUGGGAAUUAUAGGGAGACGUACGCCCUCUUUACCAUCAACAGACCCAAUGUUUUGGGUGACGCUCCCGGCUCUUCUCGCGCGCUGCCUCGUGCUUCCCGCGAGCCGCCUCGAAGACCCACCACCGCGCAGUCUCGCGCGCCACCUUCCGUCCCUUCUCCCGUUCCUGCUCGUCAUCACGAGGAAAGAAGGGCUAAGAAACAGCGCAAGAGGAAUGAUCGACGCCGAUAUGGUGGUGGAGCCUCAGUCCCCAGCAACCGAGGCGACGACGUCAACGACGUUGACGACGACGAAGGUUACGAGGAGGACGAGGAAGGUGAUGAUAGGAUGGAUUACGAGCCCGCUUCUCCCUCCACCCUAUCCAGCUACUAUUACGGACCGGGCGCCCUCUCAUCUGACCAACCUGCCGCCCCAUGCCAGCCCCCCGUCCCAUACCACCCCGACCCAUAUUAGCCCAGCCCAUACCAAGCUGCC